AUUUAAUAUAGGCCUACAAUUUGAAAUUAUCAUCUUGGUUCUUUAAGUUAUAUUUUAUCAGCAAAUUGAGCUAAUUGAAAUUUUCUAAUUUUUUAGAUAUUCAAAUUUUUUUUAAUUCCACCUUUAUACAAGUCUAGUUUAAUGGGAAAAUCGAGUAAAGACAAGCGUGAUAUUUAUUACCGAUUAGCAAAAGAAGAAGGAUGGAGAGCACGCAGUGCAUUCAAAUUAUUACAUUUAGAUGAAGAGUUCAAAUUUUUGAACAAAAGUGUUGAACGAGUGGUUGACCUUUGUGCUGCACCAGGCAGUUGGAGCCAAGUUUUGACAAGAACAUUAAGAGGGCCCACUGGACAAGAGAAUCCAAAUGUAAAGAUUGUAGCAGUAGAUUUGCAGGCAAUGGCUCCUCUACCUGGUGUUAUACAAAUACAAGGAGAUAUCACAAAGGUUUCAACAGCAGAAAGUAUUGUUGAUCAUUUCAAAGGCGAACCUGCAGAUUUGGUUGUUUGUGAUGGGGCACCGGAUGUUACUGGACUUCAUGACAUUGACGAGUAUAUUCAAGCUCAAUUACUUUUAGCUGCAUUGAAUAUAACAACUCAUGUACUGAAGAAGGGAGGAACAUUCAUUGCAAAAAUAUUCAGAGGAAAAGACGUUUCUCUUCUUUUCUCUCAAUUGAAGAUGUUCUUUAAAGAAGUAACUUGUGCAAAACCUCGAAGUAGUAGAAAUUCAAGCAUAGAAGCCUUCAUGGUUUGUCAAGAAUACAACCCUCCUGAAGGUUUCAAGCCAUCCAUGGCGAAUCCUUUGUUAAAUCAUGAUUACGAUGAUUAUUCAAAUCAACUUGUUGGUGCAAACAGAUGUAUUUUACCAUUCUUAGCAUGUGGAGAUUUAAGCGGAUUUGAUUCAGAUCGUACUUAUCCGCUACAAUUGGAAGAUGGUAAAGAGUAUGUUUAUCAUUCACCUACACAACCACCUAUUGAUCCACCAUAUAAAGAAGCUUGCAAGUUGAAAGCUGAUAACAAACUUGCUAAAGAAUCAAAAUCAUGAUACAGGACAGGAUAUUCAAGACUCUUUCUAUGAAUGAGCGCCGAUGAUGGAAAAGAAAUAUCCUGUCAUGUUGCCAAUGGGCCAUUAUUUCUGGGGGAAAUGGUUGAAAAUACUGUAAUAUGAUCAUGCAAAACUGUAUGAAGGUCUAACAUAUGUCAUAUGUAGAGAGUAAUUUAUCCAAAGCUUGGUUUUAAUACACUUGGUUGCUUUGUGCCAAUAGUAUCAAUUUUUGUGAAAUAUGGCUAUGUAAAAAUUUGCUCUAUUGCUGUAGAAAUGCUCUGCCGAUUCCGAAAAUAAAAAUACCACUUUACCACUUUAAAAUUUCAAUAAACAGCUUAGUAAUAAGAAGAA